CGUCUGUCACAUGAGCCGCGCGCCCGCUCCGCUCCCCCUCCUCCCGGCUGGGCUGUGAAUGAAGCUCUGCCGGCUACGUGGGGCGCUAGCUCAGCUGGGUGUCCUGGACGCCAGAGCCGUCUGAGCGCUCGGCCGGCCGGCGGCCGACACGGGCUCCGCCGCCCCCGACCUCGGCGACAGAGCAAAUCAGUUUCCUGGAGUGCCAAGCGAAGUUGUCCGUGUGCCCGUGAGAUAACGUCAGUGUAAGCUACCCCGAAUAAGUGAGGGAAAUCGACAACCGUGGAGCAUAAAAAUCCAGUUCAGAGCGUGAGCUGCUUGCAGGAAACAAGGCCACGCAGCUGCUGUUCCAUCUACAUCCCAUUCAAGCCUCCUUAUAAAACUGGAGGAAUUUGGGAAACUGAGUGUGUGACCCCCAACGUGGGAGAGGACAGGAUCAAGAUGGCCAUGUGGCAGGGAGCCAUGGAUAACAGAGGCUUUCAGCAGGGGAGUUUCAAUAGCUUCCGGAGCAGCUCCAGUGAUGAAGACUUGAUGGACAUUCCAGGGACAGCUAUGGAUUUUUCCAUGAGAGAUGAUGUUCCUCCCUUAGAUGGAGAAAUAGAAGAGGACAAGUCAUACAAUGGUGGAGGAAUAGGUUCUUCAAAUAGGAUGAUGGACUUCUUGGAGGAGCCGAUCCCUGGUGUGGGGACCUAUGAUGAUUUCAACACAAUUGACUGGGUGAGGGAGAAGUCUCGAGACCGGGAUAGGCAUCGAGAGAUUACCAAUAAAAGCAAAGAGUCGACAUGGGCCUUAAUUCACAGUGUGAGUGAUGCUUUUUCUGGCUGGUUGUUGAUGCUACUUAUUGGGCUUUUAUCAGGUUCCUUAGCUGGCUUGAUAGACAUUUCUGCUCAUUGGAUGACAGACUUGAAAGAAGGCAUAUGCACAGACGGAUUCUGGUUUAACCAUGAGCACUGUUGCUGGAACUCCGACCACGUCACCUUCGAAGACAGAGACAAAUGCCCAGAGUGGAACAGCUGGUCCCAGCUUAUCAUCAGCACGGAUGAGGGAGCCUUUGCCUACAUAGUCAAUUAUUUCAUGUAUGUCCUCUGGGCUCUCCUAUUUGCCUUCCUCGCCGUGUCUCUUGUCAAAGUGUUUGCACCUUAUGCCUGUGGCUCCGGAAUUCCUGAGAUAAAAACUAUCUUGAGCGGUUUUAUUAUUAGGGGCUAUUUGGGUAAGUGGACCCUGAUUAUCAAAACCAUCACAUUGGUGCUGGCCGUGUCAUCUGGCUUGAGCCUGGGCAAAGAGGGCCCCCUAGUGCACGUGGCUUGCUGCUGUGGGAACAUCCUGUGCCAUUGUUUCAACAAAUAUAGGAAGAAUGAAGCCAAGCGCAGAGAGGUCUUGUCGGCUGCAGCAGCAGCAGGCGUAUCUGUAGCCUUUGGGGCACCUAUCGGCGGAGUGUUAUUCAGCCUAGAAGAGGUCAGCUACUAUUUCCCCCUCAAAACGCUGUGGCGCUCAUUCUUUGCUGCCUUGGUGGCAGCAUUUACUCUACGUUCCAUCAAUCCCUUUGGCAACAGCCGCCUGGUUCUAUUUUAUGUGGAGUUUCACACCCCCUGGCAUCUCUUUGAGCUUGUGCCCUUCAUUCUGCUGGGCAUAUUUGGUGGUCUGUGGGGAGCUUUGUUUAUCCGCACCAACAUUGCCUGGUGUCGGAAGCGUAAGACCACUCAGCUGGGGAAGUAUCCUGUUGUAGAGGUACUCGUUGUGACAGCCAUCACUGCCAUCCUGGCUUUCCCCAAUGAAUACACCCGCAUGAGCACAAGUGAGCUCAUUUCUGAGCUAUUCAAUGACUGUGGACUUCUGGACUCCUCCAAGCUCUGUGAUUAUGAGAACCGUUUCAACACAAGCAAGGGGGGUGAGCUGCCCGACAGACCGGCUGGUGUGGGAGUCUACAGUGCCAUGUGGCAGCUGGCCUUGACACUCAUACUGAAAAUUGUCAUCACUAUAUUCACCUUUGGCAUGAAGAUCCCUUCUGGCCUGUUUAUCCCCAGCAUGGCUGUUGGUGCUAUAGCAGGUCGACUUUUAGGAGUGGGAAUGGAGCAGCUGGCUUAUUACCACCACGACUGGGCCAUCUUCAAUAGCUGGUGUAGUCAGGGAGCGGAUUGUAUCACUCCAGGCCUUUAUGCGAUGGUUGGGGCUGCAGCCUGCUUAGGUGGGGUGACGCGGAUGACCGUUUCUCUCGUUGUCAUAAUGUUCGAACUAACUGGGGGCUUGGAGUACAUUGUGCCUCUGAUGGCUGCAGCCAUGACAAGCAAGUGGGUGGCAGACGCUCUUGGGCGGGAAGGCAUCUAUGAUGCCCACAUUCGUCUCAACGGUUACCCCUUUCUUGAAGCCAAAGAGGAGUUUGCCCAUAAGACCCUGGCAAUGGAUGUGAUGAAACCCCGGAGAAAUGAUCCUUUAUUGACUGUCCUUACUCAGGACAGUAUGACUGUGGAAGAUGUAGAGACUGUCAUCAGUGAAACCACUUACAGUGGCUUCCCAGUGGUGGUGUCCCGGGAGUCCCAAAGACUUGUGGGUUUUGUUCUCCGAAGGGAUCUCAUUAUUUCAAUUGAAAAUGCACGGAAGAAACAGGAUGGGGUUGUGAGCACGUCCAUCAUUUAUUUCACCGAGCAUUCUCCUCCCAUGCCGCCAUACACCCCGCCCACCCUGAAGCUGCGGAACAUCCUGGAUCUCAGCCCCUUCACUGUGACUGACCUCACCCCCAUGGAGAUUGUCGUGGACAUCUUCCGCAAGCUGGGACUGCGGCAGUGCCUGGUUACGCACAACGGGCGGUUGCUCGGAAUCAUUACCAAAAAGGAUGUGUUAAAGCAUAUAGCACAGAUGGCGAACCAAGAUCCUGACUCCAUUCUCUUCAACUAGAAUCACAGGGUUGUGCUGGAUAUAAAACAGGAAGGACAUUGCAGACCAUGGAUAUAUUUUGUUAACUGGGUACCCAAAACACAUUUCCCGUAUUUGGAGGGUGAAGUUAUAUUAUUAGUGUGUUGUCCCUUUCCUCUAAGUUAACCAGUUGCACUACAUAAUCUCUGGAAUUUAAUCUUCUCUUUAGGAGAAAAUACAGUUAGGCUUCUGUGAUAUUGCAUUAGGAAGAUUUAUGAAAGAGUCAACGAGAUUGCUCUGGUUUCAUUCUUUUUAUUUUUUUUUAAAUUUAAAACACAAUUGUUAGCCAAUAUGCAAUCACUGAAAACUAUGCAAGAAAAAUUCCAACCGUCCUGACCUAUAGCCUGCAGGAAACUCAUGAAAAAGUCACUUUUUUUGGACUCUAACUGUCGUUGGUGGAAGAUGAAGUGUAAGCUAAGGGGCUUUGCUUUUCCAACCACAGAAAGGAAAGCCAGAAGGAAAAUAGUAAUGGUGUUUUCCAGACUGUGAAAAUUCAGUUCAAAUGUUAUCUUGUUCCUGUUACACUAUUUAGCAUUAUUAGUUUGUGUGUGUGUAUGUGUACGUUAAUUUUAAUAUCUGAUUAUAAGACAAUGCUGCUUUGGUUAACCUUCUCUAAACGAAUUUAGAGAGGUUGACUUUUAUAGCUUGCUUGUUCCUGGUACUCUUUUGAAAUGCACAAAGAUAAGUCAUGGAACUUUCUCCUUGUCUGCAAAAAGGGUAAUUUUCCUGAUGGUAUCUGUUAGCCAGUAGACAAGGACUUCGUCAUGAAUUUGUUAGUAGCAAGGAAUGAUUUCUUCAGCUUCCUUGGAAUGAAUGAUUAGUAAAGUUCUAAGCAAAAUCAA